UGAAUUUGAAUUGUUCAAUCGUGUCAUGAUGCUGAACCUGCCGUAUUCUUACACCACGUUAGCGCUGUUCGCUGUAGGCCUAGAGCUGCUGCGACGGGUACUAAAGGCGCUAAUCUUUGGAUUUACUGGUCCCCUGUCCAGAGUUCCAGGGCCGUUAUGGAACAAACUCUCACCACUGCCAUGGCGUUUGGCAUUCUUGAAGGGCACUGCACCUUUUCUUGCACAGGACCUUCAUCAUCAAUACGGCGAUGUCGUGCGAGUCACCCCGAAUCUGGUCUUGGUGUCUGACCCAGUAUCGGUCCAUCGCGUUCUCGUGGAUUGGGAUCUGCAUAAGAGUCCUCUCUAUGAGAAAUAUCGACAGAACCCGCACGUCGCGACGUUGUUUACAGAGAGAGACAAGGCCAAAUAUCGCAUUAGACGAAGACUGCUCUCAAAUGGCUUCUCAAUGAGCUACCUCAAAGCACUGGAGCCGCUGAUGCACGGCUGUGUUCAGGUUCUGGAGGAUGUACUGGAAGAGCGCUGCGCUGCUGGCGGCGGGACAGCGACUGUCAACAUCUAUGAUCUGCUCAGCAGUCUUGCUUCAGACAUCAUGGCUGAAUGCUCUUUUGGAGGCUCCUUUGGCCUUGUUCGCCAGGGCCACCAUCCGCUAAAGACGAGGAUCACCAACUACAUGAAGAAAGCAGCUCUGUACCAAACUGUACCUCUAUUGAGCCUAUUUGGUAAGCCUCGAGAUGAACAGCUCGAUGCAAUUGUCCAAGGCAUCAUCGACAAGCGGCUGCACAGCCAGAAGGAGAGCGAGCGGAGAGACCUUCUUGACAUGCUUCUCGAGGCUUCAGCUGAAAAUCCUGAUAAGUUGAGUAUGGAGGACAUUAAAGCUGAGAUGUUUGUGUUCCUACUGGCUGGGAGCGACACAUCUGCCGUGACGGCAACUUUCUGCCUGAUGAAACUUCUAGAGAAUCCAGCUGCUCAUCAGGCGCUGAAGAGAGAGCUGGAUGAGCUUCUCGCAUCAUCGAGCGAUCCGAUCGUCGACGAGAACACUCAUAACUUGCCAUAUCUGAAUGCAGUCAUCCACGAGACGCUUCGCAUGCUACCCCCCGCAGCUGGCGGCUUUGCGCGACAGGCUUUAGAGCCCGUGACGGUUGGAGAUUAUGUUCUUCCGGCUGGCACAUUGGUUACAGCAGACACAACAGCUCUCCACCGUGAUUCUCGCGUCUAUCCCGACGCUGACAAGUUCAUUCCUGAGAGAUGGAUCUCUGGGCAUGCAGGCGAAAAGGCUGCCGAAAAGCAUUGGUAUCCGUUCUCAGCAGGGUCACGAGUGUGUAUUGGCAAGCAGUAAGGUCCCGCUCAGACUUUUCGACGAUAGGUGCUAACUUUCGCAGCUUCGCGUUGAAGGAAGUCCGACUCAUCCUGGCUGUUCUGCUGCGACGAUUUGACCUCACGAUCGUACCAGAUCAGAAAAUUCAGUACCGGCAUCAUAGUGUACUGUACAUUGCCUCGGGGGAAUAUUUGGCUGGUGUUCGUAAACGGGUGGCGUGAUGGCUCUGAAAUGUGCUGGAAAUCCUCCGAGGGCGAUCUGCGGUGCCAGAAUAACUCUCAGUGCAUGAUCAAAACGUAUAUAUGUUAGGAUGAUUGAAGAGAAAAUAAAUUGAAAUCUUCGUGAUUAA